AUGAUAUUGAAACCACAAAUGAUUUUCUUAAGAAACCAUGUUAGCGUUAUUCUUUUGUCACUGAUUGUGUUUUCGGCAAUCACAUGGAACCUUACCCUAGUUUCCGCCUCCUCAGGCGGUGUCAUGGGAGGAAGUUUCUUCGAUUCAGAUUCUUCCUCCUCAGAAUCAUUCACAACUGAAUCGGAAUCUGAAUACGCAAAGGAACAACGUCAUAGGCAUUAUGUCCCUUCUCAUGAUGCCGAUGAUGAGGUUGCAAGUGGUGGAAGAGGACCCUUGCUGUUCUUCGUGAUAUUCGCAUUCGGUGUGUUUUUGGUUGGAUUUUGCAAUAAAGAUGGCGAUGGGAAUGCAGUUAGUGUGUUCAAGCUUCAGGUUGGAAUGUCGGGUGAGACGGGAUGCACUGUACAAAGGGAUCUUACUAGGAUUGCACAAGCUGCUGAUACAUCAUCUAGGGAAGGUGUGAGCUGUUUGUUGAAAGAUACAAUACAAACUUUGGAUCAACAUCAUGGUUACUGUGCUGCAGGAUAUUCAUCUGUGGAUCAUAAACGGGGCAAGGAGGACGGAGAAAAAUACUACAACCAACUAUCAAAUGAAGAAAGGGCAAAGUUUGAUGAAGAGACAUUAGUUAACUUGAACAACAACAAUAAGACAAUUAGAAGAAGCCAUAGUUAUGAUGAAUACUUCACGUUGGAAUCUGACAAAACAGAGAAAUUUGAAAAGGAGAAACUUCUCAGUGGGCUGAACAACAAGUACACAGUGGUAACAGUAUUGGUAGCUGCUAAAGGAGCACAUAAGUUACCUAACAUCAAUGGAGCUGAAGAUUUAAAGAAUGUUUUACAAAAGCUUAAAUCCCUUAUCUCAAGCAAAUAUUUAUUUGCUGGUGAGGUGUUAUGGACUCCACAGGAAGAGGAUGAGAUCCUUUCAGAUCGAAAACUACUUAAAGACUACCCUGAGUUGGCUAAGUCUAUGAAAAUCUUUCUAGUUAAGAAACAUGAAUAA